AUGGCUGACGUUGAUAUUCAGAACUUGUCCUUAAACAGGACCACUUCCAAUUCGUCUUCCGUCUUAAGUUUGAAGCGUGGCUACAUCAAUAGUCCAUUUUCUGGUAAGAAAGCUCAGUAUGAUCAAGUUUUGGACAUCUUGGACAACACUGGCUUCAUUCCUGAAUCUUUGAUUGAGUCAGAAGCUCGCUGGUUCUACGACCAUUUGGGAAUUGAUGAUGUGUUCUUUGCCAGAGAAUCUGCUGAAGAAAUUGCUGGUCACAUCCACGCCUUGUACUCGUGUAAGGUCCAGGCUUACGCCUCAGACGUUUCUGAUGAUUCACUCAUCCAUUACAAGAGGGAGGGUGAUGACCACGCAGUGUUCUUUGACACCACAGCGCUUCUGAAUUCGUCAUACAAGCGGAAUCGUUUUGAGGAAAAGGUUGAUGACAAGUACAUUGAUCCUUCUUACAAAUUGACCGACACCAGUUACAGAGCCGAGUAUUUCACUGCUCCUCUCAACUACUCUGCUGAUGCCAUCUUGUCGGGUGUUUUUGAAAAGUCCCAGAAUCAAAAGAUGAAGGACCAACUUUUCAGAUGUUACUUUGUGUACAAGAACAAUUACAAGCACAAGGAUGUUUCCCCCGAAGAAACCGAUAUCAACAAAAUUGGUGACACUACAUUCUUGCAGAUUGCUUCUCCCAACACUAAGCAAAUAUACUCGGAUAUCAUCAAAAAGGUGGUGGUUACCACGGGUCCAGUGAUCAAGCACUACCCUCUCGAAGACUCCGACGAGUUCAGAGUGGUGAUUGGUUACAAACAGAAAACUUCUGCCAGAUACAAUUCUGCUUUGAGUGAUUUGGCCAACUACUACAAGUUGCAAACUACUCGUAAGUACGUGGAACAGUUUGCCAACGGAGUCACCAUCAUUUCCAUGUAUGUGACCUCCAAGUUCAAGAAAUCGCCAGCCGAUUUGUCCAUCUACCAAGUCAUCAAGGAGGCAUCUUUGUUGUACUGCAUUCCUCACAACUUUUUCCACGACAGAUUUACCAAGGGUGAAUUGUCGUUGCAGGAGAGUAUCUAUGCUCAAUCUGGUGUGAUCUUUGUCACCCAUUUUUUGAAUAGAUUGGGUCCUGAAUACUCGAAGCUUACCUCGCUUCUUGAUCCUUCCAAAUCGACCCAACACGCCGAGGUCUUGAGCAGCUUGAAGAAGCGUUUGAGAUCUGAGACUUACACUCAGAAAUACAUUCAAGAGGUGUUUGACGUCAGACGUGACAUUGUUAGAAAGUUGUACCGCCUGUUCGCCGACGUACACUACAUUCGCUCGUCAAUGGAAAAAACCUUGUCGUACCAAAGAUUGUCGCAAAUCACUCCUGUUGGUUCAGAUGAAGAGUUUGAACAUCUUUUGAACCGAGAGUGUUCUCAGAACGAACACCAUGUGCUUGUAUUGAGAGCUUUGCACAUGUUCAACAAGUCCAUUUUGAAGACCAACUUUUACACUUCUACCAAGGUUGCCCUUUCGUUCAGAUUGGACCCUGCUUUCUUGCCCACUUCUGAAUAUCCUGAUAAACCUUAUGGUAUGUUCUUUGUUGUUGGAAGCGACUUCCGUGGUUUCCACAUUAGAUUCAGAGACAUUGCUAGAGGAGGUAUCAGAAUUGUUCGCUCUCGUUCAGAAGAUGCCUACAAUGUCAACUGCAGAAGUCUCUUUGAUGAAAAUUACAACUUGGCAAGUACUCAGCAAAAGAAAAAUAAGGAUAUUCCUGAAGGUGGGUCGAAGGGUGUUAUCUUGUUAGAUCACGGUGUUGCUCAAGAAAGACCCAGAGCAUGCUUUGAGAAAUACAUUGAUGCUUUGAUCGACUUGUUGUUGAAGCAAAAUAUUCCAGAUGUCAAAGAUGCCUAUGUUGAUUUGUACAACAAGCCCGAAAUUUUGUUUUUGGGUCCUGACGAGGGUACUGCCCACUAUGUGGAUUGGGCCACUCAACAUGCUCGUGGAAGAGGUGCACCAUGGUGGAGAUCUUUCCUCACUGGUAAGAGUCCCCAAUUGGGAGGCAUUCCUCACGAUGAGUACGGUAUGACCACUCUUUCAGUCAGAGCGUACGUGAACAAGAUAUACGAGAAGCUCAACAUUGACAAUGCUACAGUCCGUAAGAUUCAGACCGGAGGCCCAGAUGGUGACUUGGGAAGUAAUGAGAUCUUGCUUUCCAGAGACGAAAAGUAUGUUGGAAUUGUUGAUGGUUCUGGUGUUCUUGGUGAUCCAAAUGGUCUUGACAAAGCUGAACUUUUGAGGCUUGCAAAGGAGAGAAAGAUGAUCGAUAACUACGACAAAUCCAAGCUCUCUUCUGAAGGUUACGUGGUGUUGGUAGAUGACGUUGAUGUCCGCUUGCCAAAUGGAAUAACGGUUGGAAAUGGAACCACGUUCAGAAACACAUUCCACUUGAAAAUCAAGGAAAUGUAUGGACUCAGCGGUGUCGAUUUGUUUGUUCCUUGUGGUGGUCGUCCAGCUGCUAUUGACACCAACAACAUCCAUGAAUUGAUCGACGAGAAGACCGGUAAGUCAGUUGUUCCUUACUUUGUUGAAGGUGCCAACUUGUUUAUCACCCAAUCCGCCAAGCUCAUUUUGGAGGCGGCAGGAUGUAUCAUUUUCAAGGAUGCUUCAACCAAUAAGGGAGGUGUAACGUCUUCUUCGUUGGAGGUUUUGGCCGCUUUAUCUCUUGAAGACAAUGAGUUUUUGGAGAACAUGUGUGUGGAUUCGUCUGGAACCAAGCCACAGUUUUACGAGCAUUAUGUCAAGGAUGUACAAGACAAAAUUGUGGCUAAUGCCCAGGCUGAGUUUGAGGUGUUGUGGGCGUUGAAGAAGGAGACGGGCACGCCAAUCACAGUGCUUUCCGACCAGUUGUCGUUGGCAAUUAACAAACUUGCUGACGAAUUGGCCAACUCCAAAGAAUUGUGGAACGACGAUGUCGAGUUCAGAAACGCUGUGUUGGUUGACUCGUUGCCUCCUUUGCUUCUUAAGGCCGUUGGAAUUGAAAAGAUUAUUCUGCGUGUUCCUGAGGCUUACUUGCGGGCACUUUUUGCAACCCAUUUGGCGUCGCGGUUUGUGUACACCAGAGGUAUCGAUUCCAACCCUGCCAAGUUUUUGGAAUUCAUCUCUUCCACCAGAAGAGAGUUUGUUAAAAAAGGUAUCCUUAAUUGA